AUGACGUGUGGAAACAAAGGCCUGACGUGUGGAAACAAAGGCCUGACGUGUGGAAACAAAGGCUUGACGCAUGGAAACAAAGGCAUGACGUGUGGAAACAAAGUCCUGACGUGUGGAAACAAAGGCAUGACGUGUAGAAACAAAGUCCUGACGUGUGGAAACAAAGGCAUGACGUGUAGAAACAAAGGCAUGACGUGUGGAAACAAAGGCUUGACGCAUGGAAACAAAGGCAUGACGUGUGGAAACAAAGGCCUGACGUGUGGAAACAAAGUCCUGACGUGUGGAAACAAAGGCAUGACGUGUGGAAACAAAGGCAUGACGUGUGGAAACAAAGGCAUGACGUGUGGAAACAAAGGCAUGACGUGUGGAAACAAAGGCUUGACGCAUGGAAACAAAGGCAUGACGUGUGGAAACAAAGGCCUGACGUGUGGAAACAAAGGCAUGACGUGUGGAAACAAAGUCCUGACGUGUGGAAACAAAGUCCUGACGUGUGGAAACAAAGGCAUGACGUGUGGAAACAAAGGCAUGACGUGUGGAAACAAAGGCAUGACGUGUAGAAACAAAGGCAUGACGUGUGGAAACAAAGGCCUGACGUGUGGAAACAAAGGCAUGACGUGUGGAAACAAAGGCAUGAUGUGUGGAAACAAAGGCCUGACGUGUGGAAACAAAGGCAUGACGUGUGGAAACAAAGGCAUGACGUGUGGAAACAAAGGCCUGACGUGUGGAAACAAAGGCAUGACGUGUGGAAACAAAGGCAUGACGUGUAGAAACAAAGGCAUGACGUGUGGAAACAAAGGCCUGACGUGUGGAAACAAAGGCAUGACGUGUGGAAACAAAGGCUUGACGCAUGGAAACAAAGGCAUGACGUGUGGAAACAAAGGCCUGACGUGUGGAAACAAAGGCAUGACGUGUGGAAACAAAGUCCUGACGUGUGGAAACAAAGUCCUGACGUGUGGAAACAAAGGCAUGACGUGUGGAAACAAAGGCAUGACGUGUGGAAACAAAGGCAUGACGUGUAGAAACAAAGGCAUGACGUGUGGAAACAAAGGCCUGACGUGUGGAAACAAAGGCAUGACGUGUGGAAACAAAGGCAUGAUGUGUGGAAACAAAGGCCUGACGUGUGGAAACAAAGGCCUGACGUGUGGAAACAAAGGCAUGACGUGUGGAAACAAAGGCAUGACGUGUGGAAACAAAGGCAUGACGUGUGGAAACAAAGGCCUGACGUGUGGAAACAAAGGCAUGACGUGUGGAAACAAAGGCAUGACGUGUGGAAACAAAGGCCUGACGUGUGGAAACAAAGGCCUGACGUGUGGAAACAAAGGCCUGACGUGUGGAAACAAAGGCCUGAUCAUCUCCAAGUCCAAGACACCUCAGUGCAAAGAGACACAUCAACAGACAGACCUCAAUUAA